GUUAAGUUUGUUCGUAAUGUAAGUUUGUAGAGUUAACACUACUCAAUACAUAACACCUUAGAGCCAUGCAAUUGGUCGUGUCAUACAAUCUCAUUAAUGGCGCCAAUCAUCGCUUUCAAUAAGUCACGUGGUUACCUAACCGAUUAGUACAGCACUUCAAGCUAAACCCUGCAUCUUGUGCAGUUGUAUUAAGAGCGAUUUUGCCACAAAAAUGAAGUCUGAUGUCUGUACUAACUGACGUAAGGUAAACAUAGAACAUAACCGUAGACUCGCGGCUUGUUCAACGCAAAUGAUAUAACUUAAUUUCAUGGUAUUAAUCACUGUCGUUAAGUUACUUUUUUCCGGAAAACAUCGGUUUUUUUUACCAAUAAAAAGAGUGGUAUUUUUUCACAAUAACUUGUACGGUACCCUAAACUGAAACCCUUAAUCGAUUUGCACGCGAAGGUUGGUGUUGUCUAUGGUCUGGACUGAUCAACCGUGAAGCGCAUACUUGCGUGGUUCUUCCAUGUUACUACUACUGGCUUCACAAGUCUGGUGUCAGACAUUAUGAACCGCCAAAGAUUUCUGAACCAUGGCUUUAGGUUAAUUUGCCCUAAUACUUAAAUGACUAGUUUCAUAGGCGGUUAUAUGCCUGGAUAUGGUUUGGCGCCUUACUUUAUGACCGGUAUAUUAGUCAUUUGAUACGCAGUGAAGGUAGAGUGAAGACCGAUUUACCAGCAUUCAGUCUUAGGCCCCCGACUGAGCAUCACAUACCGUUGUGACAUAAGCCCUGUGUCAAUUUUAUGUACAAUUUAGUACCUUUUCUUUAGGUUGUAAACUUAACAUCAGCGUUGAAACCUUUCCAAGGUAUUUAACAAUUAAUUGCUCAGGUCAUAGACUCAGAACAAAAGUUACGUUGGGUUGACAAUUAACUUAACUUACUUACUCGUAACUACCAUAAUUACGGUGUAACUCAAAAAGCAUUCGUUCCAAGGUCAUAGUGCAUCGGCACCAGUGAGAAUCCGUGAGAGGCUGCAGACAAUACAGUGUUUAACAGGUUAAUUAACCUCUUGAGUGACUUUCCAUCUCGUUGCAAUGACAGUGUAAUGGAGCCCAUUUAGUGAGUGCAUGAAGUUUGAAGAAUUUGAGUGAUUUUUCUAGUGGAAGGCGGGAACGCCUUCUCGGCAAGAUUUGUUAGUCGGAGUACAUUAUAUUCAUCAGCAAUGAAAAUUCGAGCAACACGAAAAUAUACAAUCACCAGCGGAUGCGAUGCGGCCUAACAUGUCGCCUGAGCUACCACCAGCGACCAGCAAGCCGACUCGAAGAAGCAAGCCUCCUGACAAGGAAAAACGCUAACACACACUAGUCAAAGGGAGAACAAUGAUGCUGUGAUAGGACGGACAAAUAGAAAACUGUGAUAAAGAAAAAGGAAUAAAAAAUGGGUGUCCACGUGCUUCUAGCGUCGACAGCGCUGAAGACGAUCAGUGUGACUGGACUGUGGUUGAUACCUCUCUUGCUGGGGGCGCUGACGUAUCACAAUUACAACUCGUAUGACCCUGAAGCGAGGGUGCUGGAUAAGGAGCCGAAGAGGGAGUAUGACUUCAUAGUGGUCGGCGGAGGAUCGGCGGGGGCCGUCGUGGCGAACCGGUUGACGGAGAUCAAGAAUUGGAAUGUGCUGCUUUUGGAAAGCGGCCCAGACGAGAACGAGAUCACAGACGUCCCUUCGCUAGCGGGCUACCUGCAGCUAACGAAGCUGGACUGGCAGUACAAGACCGAGCCCACUUCUUACGCCUGCCUGGGCUUCAAGAAGAGGCGGUGCAGCUGGCCGAGAGGGAAGGUCCUUGGCGGCUCGAGUGUACUGAACUACAUGAUAUACGUACGAGGGAACCGAUUCGACUAUGACCAGUGGGAAUCCUUCGGGAAUCCUGGCUGGGGCUACCGAGAAGUCCUGAAGUACUUUAUCAAAUCCGAAGACAACAGAAAUCCUUACUUAGCGAAUAGCCAGUACCACGGCAAGGGAGGGUACUUGACAGUGCAGGAGGCACCCUGGAGGACGCCUCUUGUAGCUGCGUUUGUUGAAGCUGGUGUUGAAAUAGGUUACGAUAACAGGGACAUCAAUGGUGCAAUACAAACAGGUUUUAUGAUAGCCCAAGGAACGAUUAGAAGAGGAUCUAGAUGCAGCACGGCUAAAGCUUUCUUGAGGCCAGUACGAACACGGAAAAAUUUGGACAUCUCACUUCACACACAAGUCACAAAAGUACUUAUAAAUCCUAUGACGAUGAAAGCUUAUGGGGUUGAGUAUGUGAAACAUGGAGUUAAACGAGUCGUAUAUGCCAAAAAGGAAGUCAUUUUAUCGGCAGGUGCUAUAAACAGCCCACAGCUUCUGAUGUUAUCAGGAAUUGGCCCUAAGGAUCAUUUAAGGGAAGUCGGUAUUAGAGUUUUAAAAGACUUGCCCGUGGGAGAAAAUUUGCAAGAUCAUGUCGGCGUGGGUGGAUUGACAUUCUUGGUCGAUAAGCCAGUAGCGAUCGUUCAAAAUCGUUUCCAAGCUUUCCCAGUUACUAUGAACUACGUCGUGAACGAACGCGGUCCAAUGACAACACUGGGAGGAUUGGAAGGAGUAGCAUUUGUAAAUACGAAAUACGCGAAUACUUCUGGCUUAUGGCCUGACGUUCAAUUUCAUAUGGCCCCAGCUUCAUUCUCUUCAGACAAUGGACAAGUUGUUAGAAAGAUUCUAGGUCUUACAGACGAAUUGUACGACACGGUUUACAAACCGAUCGCUAAUAAAGACGCUUGGACUAUAAUGCCGCUAUUGUUGCGUCCGAACACGAGAGGUUACGUCAGACUGAGGAGCUCCAACCCGUUCCAUUACCCAGUGAUGAAUCCUCGUUACCACGAAGACGCUUUGGACGUGGCGCGACUCGUCGACGGUAUCAAAAUAGCUUUGCAAGUGGCGAACGCGUCGCCUUUCAAACAGUUCGGGUCGCGGCUCUACAUGAAGCCAUUGCCAAACUGUAGGCAAUACAAAUUCAUGUCUGACGAAUACAUUGAGUGUCAAGUGAGGACUAUUUCGAUGACGAUUUACCAUCAGUGUGGGACAGCAAAGAUGGGGCCAGUGUGGGACAAAGAAGCCGUGGUUGAUCCUAGGCUGAAAGUGUACGGUGUAGAAGGUCUGAGAGUGAUAGACGCUAGUAUAAUGCCUACAAUAGUGAGUGGCAACACGAACGCUGCGGUGAUUAUGAUCGGUGAAAAGGGUGCGGACAUGAUCAAACAAGAUUGGUUAAACGGAAUGCGAUGACACCUAUGCAUCCUCACACCGUCUCUCGCACAUCGGGGCACCUUUUUCGAAGCCAUCUCCGGGUUCCUAGGCGACACCGAUCGGGUCCUCACAGGGGAGCCAUCGGACGCAUCGCAUAUCCUCCCGGAGUAUGACUUCGUCAUCAUCGGUGCUGGCACAGCUGGAUGUGUGCUGAGUAACCGGCUCACAGAGGUUAAGGAGUUUAAGGUGCUCCUGAUAGAGGCAGGCGACAGCGAGCAGAUGUACAUGGACAUCCCAGUGAUGGCCACCAUGCUGCAGUUCACAGACGCCAACUGGAGCUACUUCACCGAACCCCAGAGAGCCGGCUGCCGAGGUAUGCGCGCCGGGCGGUGUGCCUGGCCCAGGGGGAGGGUCGUCGGAGGCUCCUCCGUGCUUCACUCCAUGAUGCAUACUAGGGGCAACAAGAGGGACUACGACCGGUGGGCUGCUAACGGCAACCCAGGUUGGGAUUACAAAUCGAUUCUCAAGUACUUCAAGAGGUCAGAAAACAUACAGAUACCUGAUCUAGCAAGAGAUAAAAGGCAUCACUCCACCAGAGGCGAGAUGACCCUGCAGCACCCUAACUGGAGGACGCGCCUUUCCGAUGCAUUCCUGGAAGCCGGCAUCGAAACUGGGGGAAAAGUAGUCGACUACAACGGGGAGAAACAAAUUGGCUACUCAAUUAUACAGUUCACAAUGAACAACGGCACCAGAAUGAGCACCAGUCGAGCAUUUUUACAUCCCAUCAAGUACAGAACGAAUUUCCACAUCACCAAACGAGCUAUGGUAACCAAAAUACUCAUAGAUCCAAAGACUAAAAGAGCAUACGGCGUUAAAUUCAAAAAAGACGGUAAGCAAUUUAUUGUCCGUGCCAAAAGAGAAGUUAUUUUAUCAGCUGGAGCAAUCAACUCUCCGCAAUUACUAAUGAUCAGCGGAAUAGGUCCUAAAGACCAUUUGAAAGAAAAGAACAUAAAAACAAUAGUCGAUUUACCAGUGGGAUACAAUUUGCAAGAUCAUUGGGCAUUAGGAGGUCUGACUUUUGUCAUUAACACAACCGAUUCGAUUAGAAUCGAACGGGUAGCUACAUUGCAAAAUAUUAUAGAGUACUUCAGUCAUCACACUGGUCCCCUAUCAGCUCCUAGUGGCACUGAAGCUUUAGCUUUUAUUGACACAAAGAAUCCUCAUGACGACGAUGGCUACCCAGAUCUUGAAUUACUCUUUGUAGGUGGGUCAUUGGUGUCUCAACCAGCUUACAAGCAAGCUUUUGCUAUUGACGACGAUGUGUAUGAUAACGUGUAUGGUUCGAUAAGUCAUAAAGAUACGUGGAUGGUGUUCCCUAUGAUUCUACUGCCAAAAUCAAGGGGACGAAUUUUACUAAAGAAUAAGAACCCUUACACAAAGCCCGUGAUACACGCAAAUUAUUUCUCAGACGAUGGGCACGACCAGAGAGUGAUAUUACAUGGGAUCAGGAAAGCAAUCCAGCUGUCUAAAACCAAGGCUUUCCAAAAAUUUGGAAGUAGAUUACAUGAUGUGCCUUUGCCCAACUGUGCUCAUCAUGGCUUCAAUUCGGACGAGUACUGGUUUUGUGCAAUGAAAACUAUAACGAAUACGAUAUACCAUCAUUGUUGUACGAGCAAAAUGGGGCCGUCGAAUGACCCUGAAGCAGUGGUAGACCCUCGACUAAGGGUGUAUGGGGUAAGUGGUCUGAGGGUGGUGGACGCUAGCAUCAUGCCCCAUGUACCAGCUGCUCAUACAAAUGCACCGACUAUGAUGGUGGCUGAGAAAGCAGCCGAUUUGAUCAAGGAAGAUUGGGGAGUACCGAUUUAUAGGUGAAAUUAUAUUUGUUAGUGAUACGUUAAUUACCCAGUAAGUACCAUAUUUAUUGUAACUAGUUUUAGAGUAGGCUGAAUAUGUUUGCUGAAGUGAAAUUUAACAUCACGUUAUAAACUUGACCUUCACUGGUUGGGUUUUUAUUGGCGGUCAAGCUGUAGAUCCUGGAUACACAGGAGUUGCAGCGGUGGAAACGAGAGGUGGGAAUAGUCCCAUUACGUUAUAAAAGUUAUCAUUAAUGUUAUGU